AAGGGUAGUACCACUCUCAAUUAAAUUUAAUGGAGAUACUUAAUAAAGUAAACUCUAAAGGCUUAGAUAUGAUAGUCUCUGAGUUUUAGGUGGUUGAGGUGUGAUUACAUGUUAGCAGGUAAACAUGGGUAAGGAAUAGUUAGUAACAUGAUGAUGGAGAAAGAAGCAAACCACCCAUCGGUAGUCUCUAACAGUAGUAGUAACAUCAUCAUCGUCCCAAAAGAAGAGUCUCCUAGAAAGCCGCCACCGGUUUGUGGUGGCUCCGGAGGAGGAGAUAGGUUAAAAAGAGAUGAAUGGAGCGAAGGGGCAGUUUCAAGUCUGCUUGAAGCGUAUGAGGAGAGAUGGAUACUUCGGAACAGAGCGAAGCUAAAAGGUCAAGACUGGGAGGAUGUUGCAAGAUGUGUAUCGUCGCGUGCCAAUUCCACAAAGUCUCCAAAGACACAAACGCAGUGCAAGAACAAGAUCGAGUCCAUGAAGAAGCGAUACCGCUCUGAGUCUGCUUCUUCUGCCACUGCCACCUCCUCCUGGCCGCUCUGCCCCCGAAUUGAUCUUUUACUACGUGGUGGAAUUGGAAGUGGAGGAAGUGGAGGAACUAUAACUCUUCCUCCGCCUCCUCCUCCUUCACCGCCGGCACCACCAACAACCAACCCUUUAGUGCUAUUGGAAUCAUCACUUCCACCACAACAACCACCUGUGCCGCAGCUGCCACCACCACCACCACCUCCACCUCCUCCUCCUCGUCCGCCUCCUCGUCCGCCUCUUCCUCUCGGAAUUGUUGCACAUAACUCGCAUGGUUCCAAUGGCGUUGAUCAGGGAGCGAAGGAAGAUGGAGUGAGAACCAAAUUGUCCGAUGAUAUGUUGGACAAAAAUCUUGCUAUUGAUACAGAUAGUAGCACACCUGCUCUGUACAGCGACAAAGAGAGGUUAUUGGAGUUGAAGUUGAAGUCAAAAAACUUGAAGAUGAGAAUGAAAAAAAGGAAGCGGAGGAAGAGGAGAAAGGAAGGGGAAGAUAGGGAGGUAGGCGAGAGCAUAAGGUGGUUAGCAGAAGUAGUAUUAAGGUCAGAACAAGCAAAGAUGGACACAAUGAAAGAGUUAGAGAGGAUCAGGGUCGAAGCUGAGGCCAAGAGAGGAGAAAUCGAUCUUAAAAGAACUGAGAUCAUUGCUAAAACCCAGUUGGAGAUUGCUCGACUCUUCUCUAGCAAAGCCAUUGAUUCUUCUUUCAGAAUUGGAAAAAGUUAGAGUUGAGGAUUAUCUAGUGUAAUGGAAAAAAUUAUGAUAUGUUGUACACAAUUUUUGAAAAUGUGAGAGAGAGAGAGAGAGAUUUAAAAAUUAAAAUGUUCAUAUAAAAGUUCAUGUAAUGUUCUCUUUCAUUAAUUAAUGUAAACUGUUAGAUAUUAUAAUUAAUUA